UUUCUAGCAAACCAUUUGAAUGCUGAUAUAAAUAACAUCAGACUAGGAGGAGGCUUCAGACGUUUAUCCGGACGCAAGGAAAGCGUUUCUGUCUUCAUCAAUAGACCUAAACAUCAUUCUCCAAAUGAAAAAAUACUUUUUGCUGUGUAACGUCUAAAUUCGCUGUGGUUGCCCGACUAAAUAGUUGAACUUAUUAAUUUUUACAAGCAAAAAUGCAAGUGGUUAUGCGAAUUACCUCAUCUACAAAUCGUAAUCCCAAUUUUUUGAUGCGUUUGGUGAGUACACACCAGCAGAAUGUGAUAAAGAGAGACGAGCAGUAUGGUGGACAUCAUUUCAAACCCCUGCCCGUGGUUUUGGAUAAGGGAGAAGGUGCUUAUUUGUGGGACAUGGAUGGAAAGAGGUACCUUGACUUUCUAGCUGGAUUUGCGACGGUCAAUCAAGGACACUGCCAUCCCAGACUCGUGAAAGUCAUGAGAGAACAGUGUGGAAAGCUUCAUCACACUUCGAGAGCUUUUUUCACGUCUGUGCAUGGGGAAUUGGCCGAGUAUUUGACGAGAUUACUUGGUUUUGAUAGAUUCAUUCCAAUGAAUACAGGGGUGGAGGGUGGUGAUUUAUCCAUAAAGCUGGCAAGACACUGGGGCUACAAAAUAAAGAAAAUACCGACGGACAAAGCCACGGUACUCUUUGCUGAAAAUAAUUUCUGGGGGAGAUCGCUAGCUGCCAUUUCAGCAUCGACAGAGCCCCUGAAUUACAAAGACUUCGGACCUCUCGUACCCAAUUUCGAAAAAAUACCUUUCGAUGAUCUGAAGAUACUGGAGGAAAAAUUGAAAACAAAUCCGCAUAUUUGUGCAUUCAUGGUGGAACCGAUACAAGGGGAAGCAGGCGUCCGGAUUCCAACGGACGGAUAUCUCAGGGGGGUGCGCCAUUUGUGUACGAAGUACAAUGUCCUCUGGAUUGCUGACGAGGUGCAAACAGGCCUCGGUAGAACUGGAUAUCGACUUGCUGUCGAUCACGAAAAACAGAAGCCAGAUAUUUUAAUUCUUGGGAAGGCUCUAUCGGGGGGAAUGUACCCGGUUUCCGGAGUCCUUGCCAGCAGUGAGAUAAUACUUACCCUUCAACCUGGCACCCAUGGGAGCACCUACGGUGGCAGUCCUCUGGCAUGUGCUGUAGCCCUGGAGGCAGUUCGAAUUCUGGAAGAUGAGAAACUCGCAGAAAAUGCCAAGAGACUCGGCAACAUUGUCAGGACCGAACUGGAGACUAUUCCGCGGGAUUUAGCAACUGAGUUUCGUGGUCAAGGACUCCUCUGUGGUUUGAUGAUCAACAAGGACUUCGCACAGGGUUGGCAGGUUUGCUUGAGACUACGAGACGCUGGGCUCUUGUCCAGGCCAGCUCAUGGUCAACUCCUCAGGAUCUCUCCACCUCUUACUAUCACUGAAAGUCAACUGAGAGAAGGUCUCGAAAUCAUUAAAAAAACACUCCUGACUAUUUGAUAAAUAUUAGUCCUCCUUCUGAGUGGAAACUGUAUGACUUCGGUUUUCAUACCAAUUAAUUCCGUUUGGAAAUUAUGUACAAUAAUAUUGAGGUCAUUUCAACUAUCGAGUGAAAUAACGUUAAUUUUUAUUAAACAGUAAUACUAAAAAAUAAUCCAAACACAAACGCUUAAUCCUAAGUUUCACAAUGUCUCUUCAGAUGCCUCUUUAAGCUAAAUGCCUGUGAAAACAUUUGAUCACACUCAUUGCACUUGAAACUCUUAAUAGAAGAAUGUGAAGUAG